CCAAAACCAAUGCCAACACCAAUACCGCUAACGAAAGCCAAGAACCCGCCGCCACUGCCACAUGAAAUGCACAACAACAUCAAUAGCCAUUAUGGUAGCAGUGCGGCGAUCAGCAAUCAUCAACCUCAUCCGCAUACGCAUCCGCAUCCACAUCCUCACCAGCAACAGCAGCAACAGCAGCAGCAGCAACAACAACAGCAGCAGCAGCCGCAGCAGCAACAACAUCAAAACACUAAAACGUCUAACACUAACAACACACAAGGAACACCAACGGGAGGAGCAGCAACAACUGCAAGUAAACAACAACCGGGAAACACUAACACACCAACAAAGGCAUCGCGUGAGGCAACACCCACACGGGAUCAACAUCAGCCACAUGCUACGCCCACACGCGAACACCAGCAGCAAACACCCACCCGCCAGCAGCAACGCGAGCAACGUGAACAACGUGAACAGCAGCAGCAUCAACGCGAACAGCAGCAACAUCAUCGCGAUAGGCAGCUAAAUUUGCGGGAGCAACGCGAACAACGCGAACGGGAAUAUCAACACGAACACGAACACCACCACGAACACCAACACCACCAACAACAACAACACCACCACCAACACCAUCGUGACCAUCACGAGCAACACCACCAUCACCACCAUCAUCAUUACUCAUCUGGAUCACAGCAGCAACACCAACGCUACAGCAGCAGCAGCAGCAACAACUACAAAUCUCAUAAUAAUUCCGUUUACCAGUAAGGAGAAACCGAACAAAAACAAAAACAAAUACAAAAACACCAUACAAAAAAAGUCAAAAUGCAAUUCUAGCAAUUGGAGCAACAAAACUUUUGGAAACAUUCUCUCAAAACUGCAACAGCAAUUCAAUCAGUAAACAGUUUAAUUGUGCUACCUUUGUUAACAAAGACCUCUCUCUCUGCCCCCCCUCAUGCACGCCUCUUACUACACUGAACUACACAACGCGCUUGACCAAAAAUUAUCCCUAAAUUGUCCCGGCUAUAUCCGAUUAUAACUGAAUUAUAUGAGCCAACAUAUCCCGCUUCACUAGGCUUCCUAGAAAUGUGUUAAUUUGUUGUAGCUGAAGAGAUGCUCUAAACAAAAAAAAGUCAAAUAUUUCAAGAUUAGGUCUUUGAACCUCUUUUAAGUUACUUUCUUUUUGUUUAAUUUAUUAAACAAGUUCCGAUAUAUCAAAUGAAAAAUUUUAACACUGCCAAGGUUAAAGAAAAAAACAAUACAAACAAAAAUAUACAAAUAAAAAGCAAGAGCAUCUCUAUAACCCUCACUUGGCUUUCCGUUCUAUAACCACAAAGCAGUAUAUGGCUUCCUACCCCUGAUAAAAAAAAAACUGUCUUAGUACUAGAACCAAGAACCACUCCAAUCCUCAACUGGAAUAACCAGAGACAAGACCUAUAUUCAGACUUUAGGUAUCCCUAAGAACCCCCCUACUAUCGAACCACACUUACUAACCACGCGCUAGUCGAAUUGUGUAAAAAACAAAAUCUGUGUAAACUCUAAAAACAUAUUAUUGUAUGAUUAUUAAUUAUUAUUACUAUUGAUUAUCAAGCGAGCAAACGUAGCUUAGACCGUUAGUCAUUACUUGUUUAAACUAGUGACGAAAGACAAGUUUAGGUUCACACGUGAUUACUGUAAGAGCAAUGUUAUUUGAUGAUAAACCCACAAAAGAGCCCCCUCACAAACCCAAUAAGGCAUACAUUAAGAAAAUCAAGAGCUUAAAAAAUGUUAAAAAAGUGAACAAGUAAAAUAUCUUUAAAGAAAAAAAACCCCUUAAACCGUAAGCCAGAAGAAGAAGACGAUGCAGAGAAAUGAAAAUGUUGAAGAAACAAGAUUUAAAGGCACCACAGACACUGUAAAAUGUAAAAAUAACCAGCAAAUUAGUAACGAAUUGUCGCUUUUGUUAGAUUCAAAAAAAAAAACAUACACUAACUAACACUAACACACACAAGUACACACACGCAUGCACGGCACAAACACACAUACACUCGCAUGCAUAUUGCCAAAUUGAUUGUAUUUACAGCAGCUAAUUGAACAAACAAACAAGAAAACGAAAACGAAAAACAAAAACCAACAACAAACAAAAAUGAAGCCCACCUAAGCAAAAAAGAUAAUUUGUAAAAAUUAAAAAUAAUCUUAAAAUUAAAUCACAAAAAAAACAAUGUAAAAAGCUAUAAAUAUAUAUUAAAAGAAGGAAGCAGUAGCUAUGGCCACAAAUACACACACAUACAAACACUAAAUACACAUACACCAAUACCAACACCCACUCAAAAGUACUUAGCCCAAAAAAGCGCAUCGAUUCUAAAUUUUAACCAAAAUAUCAAAUUAUAUACUCGCAGUGUUGUAAGGUUAAUCGAUAUUUUUAGUAUUUCGACAAUGAUUUCUUGACCAUAUUCGAUAUACAUAUAUCUUUCGAUCAUUUCGUAUCGAUAAAUCUAACAACACCGCAAGGCAUAUCCCUGUUAUUAGUACAACUUAAACUGCACACUGCACAAUUUUUGAAUGUUUGUUAAAUGUUUUAAAGAGCAAAUGCCGACACCAGGAAAAUCCGCUGCAAAAUUGUAUUCUCCUCACCUCAAAACUAACUUAGGGAAAUUCCCAGGCACCCAAACCCAAACCCCAAAAACCAAACUCCAAAACCUGAAAAAAAAAUGGUAAACGAAUUAUGAAACUGCUAGGGCAGAAGGGCCUCUUCGCCUGCUCUGCCACUAAAAAUGCAAACAAAACAAAAAUAAAUAACAUUAACGCGCUGUAGAGACAAGAAGAAAUUAACGCUUAAAAUUUGAGGUUGAUUGGCAUUAAGUAAAAGUUAAACGAUGUUAAAGCAGGGAGAGCCGAGCCGACAGGGCGCGAUCACGAGCAAGUAAAAAAAAAAAGAAAUUAUAUAACUUAACAACAAGGCACGACAAGAACAACAGUCUGUGCUAACUAUAACUUCAUACGUAUUGUGUAAAAAAAAAGAAAAGAAAAUAUUAGCAAAUGACAAAAAUCCUUUUUAUAGAUGAUCAAAAAACCAAAGUAUUUUUCGCUCUCUAUCCUUCACUUUUCGAUUAUAUAGAAAACGAUCUACCUAUCUAUCUGUCACUCACUCAGUCAAUCGUUCAGUCAAUCGUUUCGGCAAGUUUGUUGAUUUCGUUUGUUGUGUGUGAUAGUGUUUGGAAUAAAAAUGAAACUUUUGCAUGUCACAAGAGCAAUUUGUUAUAUAACUCCCCUUACCCGCCAAAAGCCCCCUCCCAAAAAGCAAGUUAACUUUGUGUCUACUAAAACGAUAUGAUAUGGAUAGGGCAUUGUUCCUAUGUCGGGCUUGUUUAUUUUUUAUCAUCUCCAAAAAAAAAAAAAUCUUCAGAAAACCAAAAGAAAAUCUAUUUCUCUGCUUAACUCUCUUUCUUAUUAACUCUCUUUAUGUAUGUGUCUGUGUGGAAAGUAAGAAAUAUACAAAAUUAUUGCAAUUGAAAUUGAAUCGUUAUAUAUGAGGUAUUGUACUUGUACUUUUUGUUGACUAUUAUGUAAUUAAACGCUUUACUGAAUAUCAGUUAUGUACAUUUUUUAGCUAAAAGUAAAAAUUAAAAACCAAAUUCAAGCAAAGAA